AAACAUCUUUGCUGGUCAACUGGCGAGUGCGCAACUCUUUUGACAUACUCGGUCGAGGCUGUGUGAAGAUCUCGUCGUUCAUAAAAAGCAUUUCAAAACAAAUUCUUCUUUCACUUGCGCUUUGUCGUUAAGCUAUUUCGACUCGUGUUUUCAAACUUGUUAGUUAAACCGAUCAUCAUGCGGUCGACUGCUUUAGCGUUAGCAGUUGGUCUUAUAUUUUUACUAUCUAUCUUAAUCGAACAGUCCGCUUCAGAGGAGGCUAAUUGCAAUGGCUGUGCGCCAUGCAGACCGACAUGUGAAGGAGAAAAAGGUGAUAGGGGUGUGCGAGGUCCAGUUGGCCAACGAGGAGCAGAUGGUUUCCCGGGACACCCAGGAAUGGAAGGUCCUCAAGGAGAACGAGGGAAAAAGGGCGAAAAAGGUGAAGCAGGACCACUAGGAUCAAAAGGAAAUAGGGGAAAAAUGGGACCCCCUGGAUUCAAUGGACGACCUGGCAAUCCGGGUAUUCCUGGAAAUGAUGGACCACGGGGAGAACCUGGUGAUCCUGGAUGCAAUGGAACAAAGGGAGAACCUGGUACUCCAGGUCCAAUAGGUGACCCAGGAAGAAUAGGACCAAAGGGAAACCUUGGUCCUAAAGGAGAACCGGGUGAUCCAGGAGAAAGUGCAAACACACAGCGAGGAAGUAAGGGCGACAAAGGAGAACCAGGCUUCAAUGGAAUUGAGGGUGAUGCGGGACCUCAAGGAAUGAAGGGAGAGAAAGGAGAUCUUGGUAUGAAAGGAAAUGAGGGAAAUCGAGGCGUAAGAGGUGCAAAGGGAAACAAGGGUGAAAUGGGAAUUACACUGACAUAUCAAGGAGAAAAGGGUGAUACAGGUCGACCCGGACAAAAAGGAGAACCGGGCAACGUGAGCAUUACAGACCAAUUAACCAAAGAUAAUUCAACUGUCACAUUUAAAGGUGCCAAGGGAAAUAAAGGUGCAACAGGCGUCCCUGGCUCACCUGGCACAACCGGAGAUAGAGGAGAAAAAGGUGAUAGCGGCGAUAAAGGAAUGAAAGGAGCAAAUGGAGCUGAUGGUCCACCCGGUGAACGAGGUGCUAUGGGUAAAAAAGGCGACAAAGGAACUAGUGGAGCGAAUGGCAGUAAAGGUAACGAUGGAGCGCGAGGAGAUAGAGGACCAGUGGGUGAUGCUGGAGAUACUGGACCUCAAGGAGAAAAAGGUGAAAGAGGGCCGGAGGGACCAUCAGGAACAGGGCCUCCUGGACCAUCCGGUGAAAAAGGUGAAAUAGGUCAACGAGGAAUGCCAGGAGUCAAAGGUGAUAGGGGCCGUCAAGGAUCUCCAGGUAACCCUGGCUCUCCAGCAACUGGUCUACCGGGUGAACCAGGUGCCCGCGGACCACAGGGAGAGAAAGGAGAAGAUGGACAGCCAGGUGUUGCUGGUAUGAAAGGACCACCAGGACAAGCAGGAGACAUUGGAACCUCAGGGCCAAAAGGGAGAAAGGGAGAUAGUGGUCUAGCUAUUGAAGGACCUCCAGGAAUGGAUGGUAAAGAAGGACCUCGUGGACUGACUGGAGACAAAGGAGAUCAAGGAGAACCAGGACCACAAGGACCUCCAGGACCAACUGAUACAGAAGUAGGUCCUCCAGGUAAUCCUGGACCACAAGGAGAGAAGGGUGCACGCGGUCCACCAGGACAAGACGGUCGACCCGGUAAUCGUGGUCAAAAAGGUGAUGAAUGUGGUUCGUGCCCGUUGCCCAAUCCAGGACCGAAAGGUGACAAAGGCGAACCUGGAGAAAGGGGAGAGAUCGGCAGCCCAGGUGAAUUCGGGCUAAAAGGAGAAGUGGGGGGAAUGGGUGAAGAAGGCAGGCCUGGUCCCCCAGGUGCCAUGGGUAUUCAGGGUCCAACAGGUGACAUUGGUAGCCCGGGAGAUAAAGGUAGCAAAGGUGAAAAAGGAGACGAACGAACUAUUCGAGGAGAAAAGGGUGAAAAAGGUAGUACUGGUUCAUCUGGACAGCGAGGUGAAAGUGGAGAUCCUGGAAGACCCGGCAGUCAAGGUUUACGUGGCACUGAAGGAGAAAAAGGAAUUAAAGGAAACAAGGGUAAUCAAGGACAAAAUGGAGCAUCGGGAAUAAAAGGAGAGCAAGGUGAACCAGGAUUACCUGGACCAAAAGGGGAUGCUGCUGCAAAAGGUGAACGUGGUCCUGAAGGUCCUCCGGGUGAUAAAGGCGUUCCAGGGCGACCAGGACAAGCAAAAAACUGUUCUGCUGAAAUCAAAGAGGAAUUAAUAGGAAAUCCUGGUCCUGAAGGUGACGCUGGUGCUAGGGGAGAUAAUGGUGAAAAUGGAAAUGAUGGCUUACAAGGAGAUAAAGGCGAAAAAGGAAAUCCUGGAGAAGUUGGUCCAAAAGGUGAAAACGGACAAAGUAUUAAGGGUGAUGAAGGUAUAAAAGGGGAAAAAGGAAUGAAGGGAGAUGUUGGGGAAGAUGGUGUUGGUCUCCAAGGAAACAAAGGAGAACCUGGACGAGAUGGUCAGCCCGGUAUAAGAGGUGAAAAAGGUGAAAUGGGUAUCCCAGGAAGAUCGCGUGAGAAAGGCGAGAAAGGAGAACCAGGAGAACCAGGAAAGCUUGGACCUCAGGGAGUACCAGGUGGCAUCGGCGAGCCUGGUCUUCCUGGUGCUUUGGGAGCUAAAGGUGAUAAAGGUGGUGAAGGUCCUGGUAUUGAUGGCAAUGAUGGUAUUCCUGGUGCUAAAGGGGAAAAGGGAGAUAAAGGAAGCACAGGUGCCACUGGUAACGAUGGUCUUUCUGGCGAGAAAGGCGAACCAGGUCAGGAUGGUGAAAAAGGUGAUAGAGGACGAACUGGUCCUGUUGGGCCUCCAGGUUCCAGAGGUCCAGAAGGAGAUAAGGGUGAACCUGGUGAUCCUGGAAGCAAGGGAAAUAAAGGUAAUGACGGUGAUCAGGGUAUAACAGGUGACGCCGGACUACCUGGACCUACUGGGCUACCUGGACCAAAGGGUGUGGCUGGAGCGCCUGGUGAAGACGGACCUCGAGGGCCUCAAGGUCCAAAUGGGGAUAAAGGACGAAUGGGAGGGGAAGGAAGACCUGGACAACCUGGACCACCAGGCCCAAAAGGAGAGUCUGGACCACCUGGACAAAGUGGUAAUGACGGACCACCGGGAGAAAGAGGACCUCAAGGUGAUCGUGGUGAUCAGGGUCCUCCGGGAAAUGGACAAAAAGGUAAUCGUGGACCUCAAGGAGAAAAAGGAGGCAUUGGCUUUCCUGGGACGAAAGGAGAUACUGGAAAUCGGGGUGAUGAUGGCGACAUAGGGUUAACAGGACCGCCGGGUAUCCCAGGUGGUGUAGGAGAAAAAGGAUCUAAAGGAGAGCGUGGAGAAAAUCUUGUAACAGUUGGUGAGAAGGGUGAUAAAGGGAACAUAGGCCGAAAGGGUGAACAAGGACCUAUUGGUGAGAAAGGUGUUUCUGGGAGAGGAUCUGAUGGCGUUAAAGGACAAAAAGGUGAAAGGGGUGAACAAGGUACACCAGGUCUAAAAGGUGAUCAAGGUAUACAAGGUAAUCCUGGCCCAAAGGGAGAAAGUGGACCACGAGGACCUCAAGGAGACACAGGAUUCCCCGGUGAAAAAGGUUCCAAAGGGGUAGAAGGUCCUGCCGGAGAGAAAGGAAAUCCAGGAACGAAAGGAAAUAAUGGAGUCAAAGGUGACACAGGCAAUCAAGGUCAGAAAGGUGCAGAAGGACCUCAAGGUCCGACUGGUCCUCGCGGUGUACCAGGAAAUCCCGGACCUAAAGGUGAGAUAGGAAAUGUGGGUGUACCUGGUAUUGAUGGUUUUGUCGGAGAGCCAGGACCUGAUGGCGAGCGUGGUUUCACUGGUGGUAAAGGCGAACCAGGAGUUCCAGGACCCAAAGGCAAUCAAGGCGCACCAGGAUUCCCAGGACCAAUGGGAGAAAAAGGAGAUUCCGUUCCUGGCCUUCAAGGUCCCCCUGGUGAUGUUGGUGACCAGGGUAUUCAAGGUGCAAAGGGCGACAAGGGAAACAGAGGACCAAAAGGAACUGGAAGAGAAAUUCCCGGAUCGGAUGGAGCAAAAGGAGAUAAAGGUAAUCGAGGAAUCAAAGGUGAGCCAGGAGCACCAGGCUCACCUGGUCCAAAUGGUGAGGCAGGUCAACCAGGAGAAGCAGGCAAUAAGGGAAGUAACGGACCUCAAGGAAGACCAGGUUCAGGAGGAUCAAGCGGAGAUAAAGGUUCAUCUGGAAGUCCAGGAGAGAUGGGUGCUACUGGUCCAAUGGGCGAUAAAGGACGGCGAGGCUUACCUGGUUCAGGUGACUUCGGUUUCAUGUUAACAGUUCACAGUCAAAGCACCGAUAUUCCUGAAUGUCCACUUGGUUCGAAUAAAAUGUGGGAUGGCUACAGUUUACUUUACGUUCAAGGCAACGAACGAGCCCACGGUCAAGAUCUCGGUGAAGCUGGUUCAUGUAUCAGACGUUUUAGUACAAUGCCAUUUUUAUUCUGCAAUAUCAACAAUGUUUGCAACAUUGCAUCACGAAAUGAUUACAGUUACUGGUUAUCUACAACUGAACCAAUCCCAAUGAUGCCAGUAAGCGAACAAGCAGUUGAAAAAUACAUCGGUCGUUGCUCUGUUUGUGAAGCCCCAUCUCACGUGAUUGCAGUACAUAGCCAAUCAACGUUAGAUCCAGAUUGUCCUCAGGGAUGGGACGCUAUGUAUAGUGGAUACAGCUUCCUCAUGCAUAUAAGUUCUGGUUCAGAAGGUGCUGGGCAAUUGCUAUCGUCUCCGGGUUCGUGUCUAAAAGAUUUUCGCGCCAAUCCCUUCAUUGAAUGUCAUGGCCGAGGCACGUGUCAGUUUUAUGCAAACACCUACUCUUACUGGAUGACAACAAUCGAAGGUCAAAAUCAAUUCAAGACACAAGAACCGGAAACAUUAAAAGCAAACAAUCUACGAAACCGUAUUAGUAAAUGUACAGUGUGUAUGAAAUCAACUACAACAACGAGUAUCGGUGGUCUCUGAGGGAUUAUCGGUGGUCUCUGAGGACAACGUUUGAUAAACUCAGCCAAAAAUCGUUUUCAAAAAUUAAGAUUCUGUUAUUAUUUCCAUCAAAUGAAUUAUCUUUCUCUACUGAUAUUUGAAGUUUUUAUUAAAGAGUAUACAUUUCCGAAACUAGAGAAUGGCUCUUUGCUAUUUCCCAUCACGAAAGAUUUUAUAUACACAUAAUAAAUAUAGAUUUGCUAAAAAUAUCAAAGAUUACAACCCAAGUAAAACAUGUUCAAAAGUAAUGUGACUUUUGAUUUUUUUUUCGUGCUAUUUUGAAGUUUUGGAUAAAAAUACAAUUGUAGAGUUCUUACAAUUAUAUAUAUAAAUAAGAUUUUAGAAGUUAGUUAAUAUUAGUUUAUAAUCCAAUGUAUUGUCAGUGGUAAACAUAUUUUUUAAUGAUCUAUUAAUAAUUCUAUGGCAUUUGAUCUCAUUAUUAUAUAAUACGUCCAAUUGAAUAUUGUCAAAAUGGAAAACUUUGUGUAUGUUUAGAAUAAAAUAUAAAUGUAAUUAAAGCAAUGAUUUUCAUUAAAUAAGUUAAUAAACCUUUUCUUUUCGAA